UUUUAACAAUGGUCGGCGGCGGCACAACCGGCAGCGGCAGCGGCGCAAGCAGCCCAUCUCUGUCUCCAUCCACCUCACCCGUGGAGACUCUUGUCUUCAACCAAGAACAGUGUCUCUUCUGCAACAAGCUCCACGGCACUUUCGAAGCCAACAUGGCUCACAUGCGACUGGCCCACGGCCUCAUAAUCCCAGCCAAGGAUCGCCUGGCCGUAGAUCUCGAGACGCUCUUUUCAUAUCUGCACCUCGUCAUCUCGGGCUACAAUGAGUGUCUGUGCUGCGGCACCCAACGAAACACGACAGAGGCUGUCCAACAACACAUGAUGGACAAAGGCCACUGUAGAUUUGACAUUGAUGCUGACGGCUCCGAGUAUGCCGACUUUUACGAUUCGUCCACAGAGUCCGAGGUGGAUAACGACGUCGAGGAGGACAACGACAUCCAAACACCGAAUCUCAAGACCGAGAACGUGACAGCCGACCCGGACGAGAACUGGAUUCGUCUGCCGUCAGGCCGCAUUAUAUACAACCGUGCCGGGCCUUCAUCCAGCUCCCGUCCACGACGGACCCGAGCGCGCUCUUCGGAACACACCCCCGCGCUGCUCCCGGGCGGUGGCCUCAACGACCAAGACCAACAAGCACCAGAACCACCGUCUGCCUCCACCGACAACACAUCUGAGAGCAGCAAGCUUGCGCUUUCCAAAGCCGACAGGCGGGCCGGCGCCAUCGAGAAGCAGUUUGCCAACCUCCGCUCCAGCGACCAGCUUGCCCUCGCGCACCUGGCACCGUCGGAGCGGCGGGCCGUCGUGGCCAUGCAGCAGAGGGAGACGGAGAGGUUGGGCAGGGUUGAGAACAGGUACAGGCUCAGGGUGGAGGGGCUGGGGAAUGUGUUUCUGAUGACGCAUUUCAGAAAGGAUGCGGCGGACAAGAGGACUUUGUAUCGAUGA